UCUGGACUGAAGCUGGAUGACUGAAGAGUUUCUCUAAGAGAAUUUACACUUGCUCAGUGAAGAUGAUUUGGAAAACAGCUUUGCACUAUGCCCAAUUCUGGUUUGUCCUGGCAUUAGUGUCUGGCCAGCUAACGGUAGAACAGCAGGAGGAGAUUUUGGAUUUGCAUAACCAGUACCGUGGCAUGGUUAGUCCUGAAGCUGCUGAUAUGCUACAUAUGACAUGGAAUGAAAGCCUAGCUUUGGUGGCUCAAAGUUAUGCUGUUCAGUGCAGUUGGGAGCACAACCCAGAUGCGACGCAGCUGGGAGAAAACCUCUUCAUCACCACCAGCCAACUAAGCAUCAAUAAAGCCAUGGCUAAUUGGUUUGAUGAACGCGCAAAUUACGACUAUGAUUCUGACAGUUGCUUGUUAAAUAUGUGCGGACAUUAUACACAGAUUGUAUGGGCGAAGAGCAAGACCGUCGGCUGUGGCGCACGUGUCUGUGAGACGGUUCAGAAUCUAGACUUUGAGGGUGCUACAAUACUGGUUUGCAACUAUUACCCACAAGGGAAUAUCGAGGGAGUCCAACCAUAUGAAAAAGGACAGCCAUGCUCCAACUGUCCACAGGAAAUGUCUGAAUGCAUAGAAAAAACAUGCGGGAAAACCCAGGAUUACUCAAGAACCACAAAUGGGCUUUUGAAUAUGACACUUAAUCAUGCUCAUGAACUGAUCAAGUUUUCACUCUCAAACUAAAAGUACAACAGAGGAGCCCAGUAAAUGCACCUGGCGGACCGAUACACCUUGGACAGAGCCUGCUGGUUCAACGGGAUUUAUAAACCUCUCUGAGGUGACACUACUGCUCGCUGGUCAAAUGCUUUCUAUUAUAUUCCAAUGACUUGAACAUGAUUGCACAGAUAACACAACCAAUCCUGACAUGUAAUCCCAGGAAAUAUCAAUGAAUAAUAUUCCUUGGACGAGUACCUCCUGUUGCCUUGAUUAAUUACCACUAGACCUUCAAUGACUUGGACUACUGACAGUGCUCAUAUUAGUGGCUGUUUUAGAUAUAUUUAGCAAUCACAUGGGUGGCACAAAGGGCACCAUGCGUUGAUCAACAAAUGUGGCACUUGUACACAAUAUUCUCAUAAUGUUUCUGUAAUACAACC